GUGUGUGUGUGUUGUGUGUCCGUCUCAGCGUAGCACGAAAUGUGUCUCCUCGCAGCAAAGACACAGAGUAACGGGAGACGUGCUGGUCAACCGCUCUUUUUAAAAUAUUGAAAGCGUUUGUUUUUGCCGCGCUGAGACUGUGUCAAUAUUAUACUCUGUAUAUUAAAACAUUCCGCCUGUAAAACGCAAUAUUCAUUAGAGCUGCUGACUUCGUUUCUACCAAAGAGUGUCCGCUUCCCCUCCCCUCGAUGAAGCGCUGCGAUGCCCUCUGAUUUCGUAUCCCUCCUUAGCUCGGAUCUCGACCUGAAUUCCCCCAAAUCUCUAUACUCAAAAGAGUCGGUUUAUGACCUCCUCCCCAAAGAGCUUCAGCUGCAGCCGCCGUCCACUCAGACAGACCCACCCACCAUGAGCCAGAAGAGUGGGGGAGAAGCGGCCGCCCCCCCCUCCGCAGCCUUGGCUUCAGAUGCCACCUCUUCCACCUCAAGCCCCUCUGCCUCCUCGUCUCUGUCCAUGGGAGCCCCAUCCAAUGGCUCUUCUACCUCGUCCUCAGACCACCUCAAGGGUCCCCAGCAUCUCCACUCCACCGGAGGGGAUGGAGCUGGAGCUGCCGAGGUUCAAGGUAUGGAGGGGGCAUUAUCCGCCCCCGGCAGAGGAAACGGCGGAGGAAACACCGCAGCAGGAGACAUAGGGUCGGGAGUGUUGUCAGGGCAAGGGGUCCAGCAGCCUCAGAACACCCCCUCAAAGCGGAGGCCUGUGCUCAGCAUCUCGCCGCCACCCGAGGACCUGUUCGACGACAGCCAGAUGUCCAGCCAAGACGAGCCUGCCGUGUCUGCCCCCACGGGCCCGGACUCCGAGCACAGCAGCAGCAUGUGGGCCGACGACUCCGUCUCCAACUUUAGCCUGAACAGCUCCGUCUCCUACAACGACAACACAGAGGUGCCACGAAAGUCUAGGAAACGCACUCCUCGCCAGCGGCCCGGGCCCAAGCCGGCUCCUCCGGAGGACAGCAUGGAUGUGUUUGACGCUGACAGCGCCAAGGCCCCUCACUUUGUCCUUUCCCAGCUGGGCACGGACAAGAACAGUCCCAUAGCGAGCUCUCUGGAGUCAGGACCUGCACUGAAGGGCGGGUCGCUGUCUACUCAGUACCCCGCGAGGGGUGAUGGGAAAGAGCUAAAGAUCCUGGUCCAGCCAGAGACGCAGCACAGAGCUCGCUACUUGACGGAGGGCAGCAGGGGUUCUGUCAAAGACCGCACGCAGCAGGGAUUCCCCACUGUCAAGUUGGAAGGUAUGAGUGAACCAGUUGUGCUGCAGGUGUUUGUAGCCAACGAUGCAGGCAGAGUGAAGCCGCAUGGCUUCUACCAGGCAUGCAGAGUGACGGGACGCAACACCACAGCCUGCAAGGAGGUGGACAUAGAGGGCACCACGGUCAUAGAGAUUCCUCUGGAGCCCAGCCAUGACAUGACGCUCGCGGUGGAUCGAGUGGGAAUUUUGAAGCUGCGUAACGCAGAUGUCGAGGCCCGUAUCGGCGUGGCGGGCUCCAAGAAGAAGAGCACACGAGCCAGACUGGCCUUCAGAGUCAACAUCUCGCAACCUGACGGAUCAGUUCUUACUCUGCAGGUCGCCUCAUCGCCCAUCCUCUGCACCCAGCCAGCAGGAGUUCCAGAGAUCCUGAAGAAGAGUCUUCACAGCGGCUCAGUGACCGGAGGAGAGGAACUUUUUAUCAUCGGAAAGAACUUCCUCAAAGGAACCAAAGUUAUUUUUCAGGAGAAUAUUUCAGAUGAUAAUUCCUGGCAGGCCGAGGCAAAGAUUGACAUGGACCUUUUUCAUCAGAACCAUCUGAUAGUGACGGUCCCACCGUUCCACAACCAGUCAGUCACUUCUCCUAUUUCUGUGGGAAUCUUUGUGAUGACCAAUGCUGGUAAAUCACAUGACGCCCAGCCCUUCACCUAUACUCCAGACUCAGCGGAUAACUCAAAUGUCCAGACAGUAAAAACAGAGGGGCCUUCCAUGGCCGAGACGUGUAUAUUUGAUGGACAGGUCCAACCUCUAUCAUCCGAGCAAACUGACAGUCCUCCUGCGCCUUCUAAACGGCAAGAGGACACACCGAUGGAAGUGUCGAGUAAUCCACCGUGCACGGAUGUCUUUAAGCCAUCCUCUGACCCGCAUGUCACGGUGCAGCAGACUCUGGAGCUCAGCUCGAGUUCUCAUCCCGGUGGGGAGUCCUUCCAGAGCUCGAUGCCCCUACAACCUGAAGAUGUAGAGCUUGCCCAGGCGCCCCCUGUCUUCCCAAGCCUAGAGUCUCUCAGCACCAUACAAAAGCAGGAUAUUGCCCCCACAACCUCGUUUCCAGUGCAGGGCGACACCACAAUCCCCCCCGUGACACCAGAAGUCCCCCAGCAAUUCCUCCGAGAUCCUCAGGACAGCAUACCUCCUGAGAGUCCCAAUAGUGGUAGAGGGGUGGUGGUUGUGGCCAUGUCCCAGAUAGUGACUCCCUCUCAGGCCCAGCCGCAACAGUCCCAGGUUCCCCUGUUCCCCCAGGAAGAGGUGGCCCAGCUGGAGAGGGCAGUCAGGGAGCUACAGGCUGGAGGGAACACCACCCUCCAGCAGGUGUUGGAGGCGGCUGUAGCCCAGCAGCAGCUCAACUCUGUGCUGUACAGCCCCACCCCCUCUGCCGACUCCCUUCAACAGCACGUACAGGAAAACAUGAACAGCCUUAGAUUGGGAACUGCAGAUAAUUCACUUUCAACACAGCUGCAGAUACAACAACAGCAGCAGCAGCAGCAACAACAACAACAACAACAGCAGCAGCAGAUACAACAUCAGAUGCAGCAGCAGAUGCAGCAACAGCAGAUACAGCAGCAACAACAGCAGAUACAACAACAGUUUCAACAGCAUCAACAACUGCAGCAACAACAGCAAAUCCUUGGUAACCUUCAGCAUCACCAACAGCAGCAACACAUACAGCAGCAGCAGCAGCAGCAGCAACAUCAGCAGCAGCAAGUUCUUGGCAAUAUGCAGAUCCAACAACAACUCAUAUUACAGCCACAAGACCAGCAACAGCAAAUCAUGGAGAAUAUUCAACAGCAACAACAGUUGCAACAAAGUCAGACACAAGUCCUGAGCAACAUCCAACUUCAGGAUCAGCAACAACAAAAUCAAAUACUUAACAAUUUACAACAACAACAUCAGCUGCAGCAGCAGCAGCAACAACAACAACAGCAGCAACAGCAAAAUCAAGCGUUGAGCAACUUGCAACAACUACAAGACAGGCAGGUGUUGGAGAAUUUACAGCAGCACCUGCAGGCUGAGUUGCUUCAACCCCAGAUCCACUCCUCCCCCCAAAUACAGCAGCCAGUGUCCCUCCUUCAACAGGCUGGAGAGCUGCUCACUAUUCAGACCAGCUUCCCAGCACAGCCUCCCUCCCACACAUCUCCUCCACAACAGCUCUUUCAAUCUCCCCGGCCCCUGGCAGAGACCCAGGGCUCCCAACAGCAGGUCCAGGCCGCCCUGCUGCAGAAUACGCUGACUGUUCUGACCGGUGGCGGUCUCAACUCCGAGCAGCAGCCUGCAGGCUCCAGCUUAUACCUGUCCCCAAACCAGCCCCAACAGCAGCAGCUGGCAUUCAUCUCCUCCAUGGAGACCUCUAACGCUCAGUCCCAGUCUGUGGCGAUGUUUCAGAACCAACCCCAAGCCCAGCUUUCCCAGAUGCAGCAUCAGAGCACCCCCAUGGAGCAGCAGCAGUCUCCGCAACAGAGCCAACAACAGCCACCGCCGCCGCUUCCGAUGGGCCAGCAGAGCUCCUUGUUCCAAAGUAUCCCGAGCCACUCGCAGGCGAAUAACCCCGUCGCCCAGAGCCAGCUCUCCCAACAACAACAACAACAACAACAGACCGGCCUGCUCCUCUGCACCACAGAUCUUAACCCCCAGGCUCUUCCGCCUACUCUUCUCUUCAGUACUCAGACCCAAGGCCCUCCGCCUAUGGGAAGCAUUAGCGUCGGAAUCCAACAGCCAGACCCAGCCGAGCCCAUGUCCUUCCAAGACCAGAGCUCCUCGGGCGGCAACCCGGCAACCACCGACAACCAACAGCAGAGCCUGUUCCAGGAGCAGCAGCCGAUGCAAGUGGGCCCGAGUUCCAUCAGCGUCCAGGGCGCUCAGCCCGUGGAGCUGUUCCUGCCACAGACGUCCCUGUCCAGCCUGCAGAGCACCAUUGGCUCACAGGAGCUGAACAACCAGGCUCCGGCUCCUGGCACAACCAUCUUCGUGGUGCAGGGCAGCGUGGCCGUGGUAGCCAGCCCCGGCCAGCAGCCCCCGGAGCAGCUUUUCCAGACGACUGUGGGCGGGAAUGUGGCUCCACAAGGGCAGGCCAAUCUGUUUGUGUUUGGCAUCCAGAACGACUCCCCCCAGCUGCUCGGUUCCACUAGACCCGCCCUGCCAGCUCAGGGCCAGUCCCAGAACUCCAGCCACAUGCUGGACCAGCCCAUGGCCCAAGCUGCCUCCACAAUGCCCACCGCCAUGCACGGCAGCUUACAAAGCACCCUUCAGGCCCGAAUGCAGUCCAGCUUGGAGAACGCCCUGCAGAGCAGCCUGCACAACGCCAUGCAGACAAACGCACAAACGUCUCUGCAGUCAAGCUUGCAGGCAACCAGAGAAACCAGCCUGCCGACUCCAAUGCAGACGCAGAUGCAGAACAGCUUACAGAAUCAAAUGCAGGGGUCAAUAUCCUCGUCCCCCGACAUGGACAAAAUGUAGAACCUAGUGGAGAGUCCACGGGGGUAAUGAUUUACGACUGGACCACGUGCGCUCUAAGGAGAGUCAGUGAUGCGUAGCUGAGAGUUUAACGUCCUUGCAGCAGCAAACAGAGCGGUGCUGUGGGAUGGGUUAUAGAACCCCUUAAUAUGUAAGAUCGAAAUGCCCCUUUUACUUAAAACCUAAAUUAUGAGCACACGGAACUCCGUUUUUAUGGAAUAUUUAUAAUUGAAUAUAGCCUUCAUAAGUCCAUUGUCCUUGAAUUGAAGAAUCGGCCUUUGUUAUUACUCCUCUUGCCGGAUCAGAGAGGCCGGUAAUAACCGCUUUAUCCAUCCAUCAGUCUCAGAAAUGCAGUCUUAUGUUAGUGUUUUAAUAAUGUGAGCCUAAGAGGAAAUCAUGACGAUGAUGAUAAAUAAACCUGCCAGGCUCGGUGGAAAAACUGGAAAUGGAUAAAGAAUGCAAGCAAAAAGGAAACCGGGGAAUCGUAAUGGAGACGAGUCUGAGAGCAGAGUAGGAGUCAAUCAGGUUGCACAUGAGUGUCCGGUAAAGGCGGAACCUUGUUUUGUGUGUCUGUGUGUGUGUGUGUGUGUGUGUGUGUCACUCUAAAGGCAGUGUGUAAGAUGUGUUUUUUUUUUUGUUUUUUUCCAUAAUGUGGAAAUGGGGGACACUGUCUGGCAUAAAAGCCGGGAGUCACUGACAUCACCGUCCUCAAUUUAAACUUUUUACAUGGACACGCGUAUGUCCACAAUUUGACUAAAAUCUACUCUAAGAGUAAAGACUGUUAAGUUAAGUACAUUUGUACAAUGUUUUUUGCCUCAAUCAUGUAUCCGUAUGAACCUGUGCAGACUCCUAUCAGGCGUGUUCAAAUAUUGAUCAACUCCCAGGAAAGAAAUCGCACACCAAAAUGUGUGUUGAUGCGUUACGUGGUGUAGCAGGAGAUUUCCCCGCCGAGCAGAACCAGGAGAGACUAUUUAACACCUACAAACGAGAUUCCCCCCUUGAGAAUAAUGUGACUUGCCUUUUUGGAUUUGGCACCUCCCCAGUGUUUUAAUGGGUCAAGGCCUCCUCGCUGGGCUUCUAGAAGCUUUCCCGGGGACAUUUUAAGAAGCAUUCAACUAUAUAAUGUGUUUAUCUUUUUCGUUUGUUUGUUUCGAAGAAGUCGGUUACCAUUACCACUUUAAUGUGGAAAAGAAAGAAACUGUCCACUUGUGAAAAUGGAGUGUCGUGUGGUUUUAUAAACAUUUUAUCUCAAGCACUUUAUAACCUCUAGCUAAUCCUUAUAUGUCUACAGCUCCCUUCUGGCCCAGCUGAAUUUGUAGUUGGAAACGUCCAGUUAAAAAACAAACAAAAAAACAAACACCCCGAAAUGACCCACAGCAGUUGUCUUUGUAAAGGUAAACAUGUCCUUACUGAACAUUUUAACAUUUUCUCAUACCUAAAUACUGGUUUAGGACAACUUUGUAUAGAAUGUCUACUCACUGUUGAAUUCCUCUUUGUAUUCUGUCUCAGUGGUCAAGUCUGUCUAAACAAACAGCCAUUCCCACAAAAGCGUUGUCACGUUUCAGUGCUAAGUGUGUUUUCCGCUCUGACAAAAUGUCCAACGAUUCAUUCAGCUUUGAAAUUAAGGAUUUCUCAUCGUAUUUCUAUCUGUACUAUUUACUGUUACUGUCACACGGGACUGUUUUACAUUGUGUUAGAUGUUUUGGUUUGUGUCUCAGUGUUGGUACCGCGUGUGGCCGGCGCCGCGUAGUUGGCUUCCAGUGACCCCCCCCCAGGGGGUCGGCUGGUAAAUGAAGCCUCUGUUACAGAGAGGCUGCCGUCAUGGUUUGUCUACGGUGCUACGUACAGGAGGCCAACACUUCAUUUUAUUUCCCCUCUCUGAGGAAGGCGAAGUCAUGACCUACUCCAUAUCUCUGCCAUGAGGAGAUGAGGAGGGCGACUGUUUAGGCCGACAACAUCGGGGGGGGGGGGUCAUGGCUUUUGCCUUCCUAAAAAAUAAAAAAGAGCUGGGCGGGCGCUAUAGGGCACUUGUGGUGUAUUUCUGUACUUGUAUCAAUAGCACUGUCCUAUGGUCGGGUUUGAAGCGGCGCUGGGUCCAGACAGCUGGCUGCUGUGGGGUCAGACGAGGUCACGCAGGCAUACCAAAGCACCCGUUGUGGAUCACCGUCAUCUUUGUCUCAUACGUGUCCUCCGCCCUCAUAAUGUUUACUCGUUUGUACUUAUUUAAGUUAUGCAGCUCUUGCGUGGAUCAGCGUGAUGUUUUAUAAGAAGAUAUGUGAAGGUACUUUGUUUUAUGGAUUGGUUCACCUCUCGUUAACAUUUCCACCAAUUUGAUAUAUUACUCAAUUUUACUUUUUCUAAUGUGAAAUAACCCUGCUGUACUUUCCAUAUCUACAACAGUAGCCAGUUUGGCAUUUAUCAAAAAUCCCAUUUCUGAGAAUUCAAAUAUUUGGCAUAGCAUUGCUCACAUAUGCAUUAGUUUCCAUUUCCAUAUUCAUACUGUUUUGUCCUGCAGCUAUUAGUGAUCCAUUUUUAAAGUAACUUAUCUUUUUUAGAAUUUUGUAUCCAUGUAUCAAAAUAGAGUAUUUUUGUAAAACUAAACGUUUUAGUUUAAGCCCAUAGCAAAGAAUAUCAUUGCUGGUCUGUUUUCCUGAAAUGAAGAGCAGGUUUAUUGUGAUUGUUGUUAUUAUUAAGUGUGUGACUGAAAUUGGAACCAAGCAAAUGCGUUGGAACUUAACUCUAAACGGUUUUUAACAUCGACUUUACCCAACCAUUGUACCAUAAUACAUGGGCCGUUUAUCUUUUGGUGUGUGUGUGUGUGUGUUUUUUUUGUUUUUUUUUAAUGUCAUGCAUCUCAAACGGCACUUUGACUCAUUUAUUAACUGUAGAUCAGGUCCGAGCGCAGUAGUGAUGUUUCCAAGCAUUCCAUUCCUCUUUUGGAGUUUUAAGAGCACACGAUGUUGCGGAACAGCAACGCCUCUUAGAGCCGCGCCGACACAGAAAGCCAACCUGUGACUUCAGUUUCAUGAAUGUAAAGUUUACCUCAUGGUGUGGACAUAGAGCUCGCUCUACAACGGACAUCGGACCAAUUACAGUUUAAGAGAACAUAUAUUAGGGGGAGGGAGGGUGAUUCGGCACCAACUGUCAUUCGUAUCACUGUACAUUUGUCAUUGUUUGGGAUUGUGUGUUUUUCAUGUUUUGUUUUGUUUUCCCCCACAUGCAGUCGUUUUGUUUUGAGCGAUCCGGGAUGCUCGUCCCGACUCGUCACAUGGCCACUUCCACCUGACAAAAAAAAAAAAACCCACAUGUGAAACGUUUUCGUUCAACGGCGGUGAAGAUAGCACACAAAUCUUUACGAGAAAUAUCAGUUUGGUCCUUUUUAGUCGUGUAAAUGAAUAUCCAUGUAUAUUUAAAUGUGAAAUAUACUGCAGGGAUAUCUCGAAUUUCAAUUCAAUAAUGCUUUCAACAGAACUGUGUGUGCCUUGAUAACUGUUACUCUGUUGUGUUUACUGGUGCCCCUCGUGUGCGUCACUCGGACGGUUGAACAUCGGAACACUUUUCUGCGGUGGGGGAAAUUUUCAGAUUUUCCAAACGCAAUCAUAACCCCGGCCCACAUAACAUUUAUUUCAAUUUAAUGGGUUCUCCUUGGAAAUCCAUUCCAGGAUAUCAGUAAGCACCCUCAACAGAAUAUCCUGCAGCUUCACAAGUGAAUUGUCCACUUGUCUGUUACUUUGUGUUUCAAAUGCCUCCUGAGAUUUGUGUACGUGAGGUAGAAGGGAUACGACCGCGGAGAUUGUUUAUUCGGAGCGCUUUCUUGUGUUGAUGUGCUUGUCAACAUUACUAUUGUUGCUGUGAAACGCUUGAUCAAGAGGAGCAACCAUGAUGAAUUAACUCGUCAAUUGCCAAUAGUGUGAGCCGUAUCUCGUGUGUAAUCAGUUGGCUCACUUUUCCUAGUUUGCUUUUUCUAUUUCACAUUCUCCAACAGUUCUGUUGUAUCCGUUCUGUGUAGCUUGAGCUUUAGUAUCUGGCCCUGAGACCCUGCGGUCGGGAUGAAGGUCAACCCCAGUGUGUUAUACAUCUGAACUAUUAUUAACAUGUACUUUGCCUUGUCUGGACAUUUGUAUACUGUUUAUAUCUGUAAUCCUGCUGCUACAUUAAAUGAAUUAAUAAAAAUGGAAA